AUGUAUACACCAAGAUUUCCCAAAUCUGUCAAAGAAAAUAUUAAACCGCGCGGAGUUUUGGUUCGUGAAAUUAAUUCUUUAAAUAAUGAAUGGAGAGAAGCAUCUUCUUCUAAUGAAAGUCAAAUUACUUCAAUUUUAAAAUUUCGUGACCAAGUGAAGCAAAUUUCUAAAGAAGAAUUGAAGAAACAACUUGAUGAUCGUUUUUAUCGUUUGGUUAGUUUAAAAAUUUUUUUUAUGUCAUCGGGCAAUUUUUAG